ACACCUCCCCGCCCCCGCCGCCGCCCACAGCUGUCAGGGAUCCAGACACUCCGUCAGGAAACGAACAAGUUAAUUGUUUGCCACAAAGGAAAAUGACGGAAGCUUGCUUGCUCCAAAUGUUCAAAUGCCCUCUGCGCUUUCAACCCCUUAAAUAAGGUUGCCAGUCUAUCCCACUCCCUGCACUGGGUCAGGGCUCCUGUGCCUUUAACAGCUGUAUGACAGGCAGAGAUCCAACAGGUACAGUUGUUCCCUACAUGCCAGGUAAGAAAAGCUUUGCAUGUUGCAUUCAGCAGAAGAAGGCUAACAGAUGCAAACAGUGACGGCCCCUUCAAACCUCUUACUCAAGAGUAGUCUUGGACUAAGUGGAGCCUGCAAGCCUUUGUAGUUGCCACUACUCAGUGGUCUGCAGAUCUUACUGCCCUUUCUGCAUCGGCAUGCCUGCUUGGACAAAUUGACUGUUUAUAUUAAUUUAUAUGUUUAACUUAUAACUGAUGAAAUAUUCUUAUUGUUAAGGUAGGCUGACGAUGCUACCGCUGGUUAGUUGCUAUGUUUGCAAAUUAAAAAUAAAUUUAAACACUUGAAAGAAAGAAAGAAAGAAAGAAAGAAAGAAAGGGUGGCCUCAAUUGGAUCAAGUUAAGGGGAAAGGAAAUCCCCUUGCCAAAAAACAAGAGAGAAUCUUGUGGUGACUUUAACAAAUUUAUUAAGGCAUAAGCAUUUCUGGACCACUACACUAGAUGCAUGAAGUGUUACCCUGAGAUAUACAGUACAGUGGUACCUCAGGUUAAGUCCUUAAUUGGUUCCAGAGGUCCAUUCUUAACCUGAAACUGUUCUUAACUUGAAGCACCACUUUAGCUAAUGGGGCCUCCCGCUGCUGCCGCACCGCCAGAGCACGAUUUCUGUUCUCAUCCUGAAGCAAAGUUCUUAACCUGAAGCACUAUUUCUGGGUUAGCGGAGUCUGUAACCUGAAGCGUCUGUAACCUGAAGCGUAUGUAACCCGAGGUACCACUGUAUAUGGAUAUGGCUGGAGGGAAAUGUUCUUUCGCUUCUAACUCUUAAAUGUUUGCAUGUUUGUACAUUGCUCAGUGAAACUGACUAUCACAAUAUGCGGUCGUGGUCAUUAGGUGGCUUUUAAAAGCGAUAAUUCAGCUGUCACUGGCUACCACAGCCAUAUGUUCAGAGGCAGUGUCCUUCGGAGUGACAGUCAGGGAGAGCAACAAAAGAAAAAGAGUGGCAACUGGUCAGCCACUGAGGUAGACAAGUUGCUGGGCUAUGCGGACCUCAGUUCUGAUCUGGCGAGCUCUUUUUUAAUUCUUACUAGCCACGUGACAGUAUAGAAAUGGAACCUCCAUAUGCAGGCAUAGCCUACCCCACAGUGGGGAACAAAACUGCUGUGCCAUACGGCUCUAUUGCCUUCAUGCCCUGCCUGUGCGCUUUCUGAGGGCGCCCGAUAGGCUACUGUGGGGAAACAGACAGCUUGGGUUUGGGGCGAUGUAGUAACAGGUUUCAUUCAUUCUUCCUUCCUACAAGUCUCAGUGUAAUUCGUCGACGCUCCCUUAAGGAGAGCGCUCGUUUCCUACCGGGGCGUUUUCGCCGACGGACCCGUUGCCCCUGGAGAUCUGUUCCGUUCCUCUUCGGGGUCCGGCUGGAAUCAUGGAGCCCAGCGGUAUGCGGCCGAGGCCAGGGCCGUUCCUGGCCUGCGCCUGCUUCUUCACCGACAACCUGUUCGUGCCGCGGUAUGGGCUUCACCUCCGCUAUCACGGGGAUCCGGAGCAGCUGCGGAGGGAUUAUGGACCGGUAAAUACAUAGCGCCGUGGACGUUUUCUGGAGAGCAGAGACUUUAUACACGCGCACCCUCCUCUCCCAUCGUUAAUCCGGAUUGGAGUCAUAAUUCCCUACACGCAACGAAAGCAGGGGCGCGGGGAUAGCACGCUUAUUACCUGACUUCUAACAAUGCAGUGCUAACUCAGAAGUAAGCCCCAUUGGAUCCAAUGAGGCUUCCUUCCAGGUACGUGGGGAGAGGAUGGCAGUCUCAAUUCGCACACUUUAGGGAGUAAAUCCCUCUGAUCCCAGUGAACUUUUUUCCUGACUAAAAAGUAAACACGUUUAGGAUUGUACUGCAGAGCUGCUUACAGUUACAGUACUGUGUUUUAGAGUUUUAAAAAAGUUCUCAAAAUGAAGCAAAUACAAUAGCAAGUACAUAUAAAUAGUAAGCAACCCCCUAUGUUGAAAUGGCCAUAGUAAAGAAACAUCUUCACAGGGCUUUCUUCCAGGUUAAAAGAAAGAGGAGAAUUGGGUUUUAAUCCUAUAGGAAGUCCUAUUGAGCUGAAUGGGGUUUACUUCUGAGUGAGCAUACAAAGCCUUCUCCAACAGUGUUUAAGUACAAAAAAUGGGUACACAUCAGAGACUACUGUUGCUUUAAUUUUGUCCAGACUGGUGUGCCUUUUAAAAACAAAAAACCCUACUGUAUCUGGAGAGGUACAGAAAGAGGUCUUGCCUCUGGCCUUUGUGAGUCUUGUGGGUUAAUUUCAGGGACAGUCCCAUGCUUGUCUAGACCAUAGUGGCAUUGGUGUGGAAGGACUGGGACUGUAAAGUAUAAAACAAAAACGUGUAUCACACGUACAAACUCAGCAUUGCUCUAUCCUACAGGUAUUAAGACAACGGGGCUGCAGAAGCGUGGAAGAAUUUGAGGCAGUAGUCCAAGAGGUACUGUACCUGGCUUUGAUGUGAGAGAACUAACAGUCUGAUCUUGUGUACAUGCUAUACUUUAUGCUGUGCUUUUCAACCAGGUUUGGCUACCAAUAGCUACCAAUUAAAAUUCACACAGAUGUGUAAUGGAGGCAGGGGGAGAGCCGCUGCUUCUGGCCCCAGAUAGUUGGUGAUACAGGUCAGGUUCUCAGCUCUUCUCUCCAGAGGAAGUGGGUAAAAACAGUUACAUAUGGUCUCAGGAUUGGCUUUGUAGUAAAUAUGUAAACAGCCAGAGACAGCCUUUGCAUUCAUAUGCAGAAUAUUCCAGUGACAUAAUCCAGGUUUCAGAGCGCUCUGUAGACUGCAGUCCUAUACACAGGGACCUGAUGAACUCUCUAGAACUCGUAGGGUUUGCUUCUGAAUAAAAGCGCACAGAGGUGGGCUAAACAUGUAUAAAUAAUAUUGAUUACACAGCCCUGGCAUUUCUGUUGCUUAAAUAUGGAGCCUGGACCUAUCCACCCAAACAUGGUGAAGACCAGAGUGAUACAUCUCCAUAAGCUGCCUUGUACUGAAUCAGACCUUUGGUCCACCUAACUCCCUACUAUCUACACCAGAGGUUCAGAACCCAUAGCCUGGGGGCCUAGAUGGAAAGAUGUAUAUCCAGGCAUGUCCAACAGGUAAAUCGUGAUCUACUGGUAGAUCACUGGACGUCUGUGGUAGAUCACUGGUAGAUCACUGGCUCCCCCCAAAGAAGCUCAACAACUUUUCCUCCUCCCUAAAAAUCUCAACCUUUGACCUGAACCCCCCAGAAAGGGGUAGAUCACUGCCAGUUUUUAACUCUGUGAAUAGAUCACAGUCUCUUGAGAGUUGGGCACUCCUGUACUAGACUAUGUAAACAUCUGACUUUUGCAUGGCUGGAAUGCAGCUUCUUGUAUGAUCACUCACUUUAGUCUCUGGUCUGGCCCAUGACUGAUAUGUGGUCUCAGGAGGGUUGCCCAUGGGCUGAAAAAGGUUCCCCUCCUCACCUCUGGUUUACAUUGACUGACUAGGCAUCGAGCUUAGAAUUCUUUGCAUGUAAAUCAGGUAUUCUACACUGAGUUACAGCCUUUCAGCUUCAGAAUGAAUUUUCCUAGGUUGAAAAAGAAGUCCAGAGGAGAAAGGAAUUAGAGUGCCGCUCUAGGGAAAGGAAAGCAAUAAUUUCCCAGAACUACAAGCCAAAGCAUCCUCAACUGUAUACUUUACAGGUAAAGAACUUGUUUCUUCUAUUUGCAUGCAAGUCCAUAGCUAGAGAUAGUUUAGGAAUGGCCUCUACUCUGGUGACAUUUCGGUACAACAGUUUAGCAGGAGGGUCGGAGUCUAUACUCCUGCAAGUUGGUGCAGACUUGAAGAUGCUUAGCUAUCACUGGAUAAAAUGGGACCUGCAUAGUCUUAACACACUGGCUAAUGUUGGUGCUGAUAUACUGUGGUUAAUGGGGCACAGUUAAUGGAGAGGGGUAAAUUUUGAUUUAAUAUUUGUAUGCUGCUUUUUCAGUAGCAAGGUUUAUUCUCAAUGCAGCUUAAAACGACAACAAAACAUUGAGAAAAAAAUCACACUUUCCCUCCAUUUAAUAAUAUCAACAAAGGCUAAUGUCUCAGCAAAGCAAAACCAAAACAGUUCAGCAAAAAAUAAAUUAAAAAAAGUGCAGAUUCAGAAUUCAGAAUUGUUCAUUAGAAAUAGUUGCUGAGUAGUAGCCCAUUUUCAGUUGACACCAUUCCUCUGGGAAGGGGCUUCCUCACUGGGGAGUGGACAAGACUCUGCCUGUACUUUUAGCAGCACAAAUAAGAAAAAGAGUUGUCACAAGCGUUGUCCAAAAGCAAUUCUUCUACGAGGCACACAGUGCUAAUCUUACUCAGCCCUGCGUGGAACUUGCACCCCCUUUUGGGAAUUUGUCCUGGGCGGGGUAGAGUGUCAUGUAAAGAGAGGUGCACACCUUUGCAACCCCACUCCUCCUCCUCAUGGUUAAUUCUGCGCCAGCCGCCAUUAUUCACUCUGUCCAAGAACAAAAUUAAAGUUGAAGCACAUUAAAAACAGGUUAAAUGGAGGUAUCUUUCCCUAAUCAAAGGGACCAAAGACCAAAGAUUAGGACAAAUAAAGAGGGUAAGGAUUUGCUGAACCAACAAACUGAACUGGAAUACAAAAAAGGGAGAUAGGAGGAGGUCCGGGAAACAAGCAAAUGAAAGAUAAGUGAUUGAAAGAUUGAAUUGUUUUUAACUAUUUUUAUUUUGUAUUUUUCUUUUUUCUUUUUCUAUUUUGUAAUAUUUUGAAAAUCCUAAUAAAUAUCUUUAAAAAAAUAAUAAUAAAUGGAGGUAUCUUGUGUGUGUGUGAAAAUAAUUUUUUCCCACCCUCCUCUCCUCUUCCAAUGCUAGGAAUCAUUUCUUGCACCAGAAUUUUUAGAAACGGUCAGAUACUGCACAUCCAAAGGUGCUGAUCUUCAAGGCCUCUUGGACCGUGUGGAAUCUAUAUCAGGUGGGGAGACUGGGUUAAUUUAUCAGCAAUAUGUGUACAUGGUAAGGGGCUGCCCAUAUUAAUUAUUUUUGAAAUAUAGGUUAAGCAUAUGUGCAGUUUGUAUUCUUGGAGGGAAUUAGUGGUAUACAUAUUACCUUCAUGUUUAAAAAGAUGCCCAGAAGGUGCUGGCUUUUAAAAGGUUGUUUCCUACUCUGCAAAAGGAAAUGACUGCAUGCCCCAUGUUGUCUAAAUGGCCUCUUUUGUUUCGGUUUGAAAAGAUGCAGGAGAAUUUUUUUUUACUGGUUUUUACUUCGGAACGUUCCCAUUGUAAAAAUGUUGCAAAUCGCAACAUGGUCUGUCUCCACAGUUGGGGGUAGCAUGUUUCUGAAUGCCAGUUGCUGGAAAUAACAAGUGGGGAGAUUACUGUUGCAUUCAGCUUCUCAUGCCUUUGCUUGUCCCCUGUGAGAACAGAAUGCUCAAUUAGACGGGCCACUAACCUGAUCCAGCAGAGCUCUUCUUAUGUUCUGUUCUUCUUAACAUAGAUGAUCUAGCCCAGUGCACUCUGUUUUGACUGGAAAAGGCUCUCCACAGUCCUGGGCAAAGAGGUGUGUCUACCCCAGACUUUCCAAUUAUAAUCAUUUUAAUCAGUGCUUUUCUUCUAGGAAAAAAGGUGCUGGUAUCCACCAUGAAGUUGUUACAAUCAGUGCCACACUUUUAACCAGUGGUUUUCUUCUAGAAAAAUGGUGCUGGUGCUUUGAGUACUCUAAAAAAAAAAGCACUAGUUUUAACCAGAGAUGCCUGGGGCCUUCUGCAUGCAAAACAUGGUCUCUGCCACUGAGCUAAGGCCCCUACCCAUUAAAGAAGAACAGAGAACCAGCUUUUCUUUGCACUUACAAAAACCCCACCACCACCCUUCCCAUUCUGGUCGCCAGAAGGAGAUUUUCUUCCACUACAGGUGAUUAAGCAAGUGGCUAUGUGCUAACUUCUUCCAAUUUUAUUUCACAUCCUCCCCACAACAGAUAAGAGAAUCUACCGACUGCCAGUGUUUGCCAAAGAAUUCUGUCAAGCUUUCAUUGAGGAGCUAGAGAACUUUGAACAAUCUGAGCUACCCAAAGGGAGGCCCAACUCUAUGAAUAAUUAUGGGGUAAGAGUCACUAUUUAGGGAUUGUACUGUUAGACAAGUUGCUUUCUCUUGACAACCCCCCCAUCUGUAGUAAUGGGGUUAAUAGCAAUUACAGUCUUGUAGUAUAGAUCACUGUAAGGAUCACAAGAAAAUAAUCAAGUAGUUCGAACCCUCCAAAGUGCUAGGUGAGAAGAAGGAACAUUGUUCCAUGCCUGGUGGACUUGCGAAAAAUCUAAGGCAUGCUGGGGUAUGAUUCAUGAAGAACUUUAAAAAGUGUUAAAAGUGUCUUUACAAAAGAAACCAGAGGCAUAUCUACUAGGUCUGAUAUACCACAAAAUAAGAAAGGAAUUUUCUUAUAUGCCACAGCAGCUGCCAGGAUUGUAUUUGCCAGUAAAUAGAAGAGCGAGACAAUACCUUCAAAAGCCGACUGGCUAUACAAACUAAGCGAAUUCAUGAAAAUGGCAAAGCUAACUGCUUACAUAAGAAUGCAAUCAAACCAAAAACUUAGACAAGAAUGGCGAUGUUUUGAAGAAUAUAUGGAUAAACACUGUUCCAAAGAGAACAUGUUGAUAUGCUUAGAUUAAAAGAGUAAAGUGAAACAAAAAUCAUUAAUAAAGCGUGUUAGAAACGAAAUAAAAGGUAAUACCUUAAAAGAUUGCAAUGUAUACCAUCCAAUCUAAAAUAUACAGAAGUCAAGAUGGGGUGGAGGGAAGUUGGGGAGGAGGUGAUGGGUUGUCACAGGGUUGGGCUCGAUUAUUAUAUGUGUAAGUUGUAGUUUACUUUUUGUUUGUCUAUGUAUUUCUUUUUUUGGCAUUUUGUACAUUCUAAUUAACAAACAAACAAACAAACAAAGUGCUAGGUGAGUGCUAAGGUUAUUAUUAUGCUUACCUAGACUCACCCCGUAUUAUAAUUAAUUUAUAUAUCAUUACUAUUAUAUUAUUAUUUAUUAAAAUUGUAUACUGCUCUUCAUCCAUAGAUCUCAGGGCGGUUCACAAGAUAAAACUGCAAUAUAAAAGACACAAAAUACAUAAUAAAAAUAAGAACAAAAACAAUAACAGGCCAAUAAUCCUCCCUCCCACAACACAUUUAAAAGGACAAUGGAACCAGGUUCCAUUCCUCUGCUGGGAUAGUUAAGUCAGUAGAGCAUGAGACCCUUGAUCUUAGGGUUGUGGGUUCAAACCCCAUGCUGGGCAAAAUAUUUCUGCAUUGCAGAGGGUUGGACUAGAUGACCCUUGUGGUUCCUUCCAAUUCUGUGAUUUGUUGAUCUUAAAGUCCUUACUGGGCAAAGAAGCAAAUCUUUACUAUCCAAAUUGAGAGAAUGUAGCAUGUUAGAAAAUGGAGGACAGUUUUUAGCCAUCGCAAGAACCUGACCACUGCAAAAUGCCCUGACCCUUCUGCAAAAAAUAUUUAUUUUGCAUUCUGUUUGGUUCCCCUUUAACUCUUUCUUUUGCAUGUUCAUAUAUGACCCACUGCAGGUUCUCUUAAACGAACUUGGGUUGGAUGAAACUUUCAUCACCUCUCUGCGUGAAAAAUACCUACAACCCCUCACAGCUUUGCUUUACCCGGACUGUGGGGGAGGCUGUUUGGACAGUCAUAAGGCCUUUGUGGUGAAAUACGCUUUGCAGGAAGACCUGGAUUUGAGUUCCCACUAUGACAAUGCGGAAGUGACUCUCAACAUUUCCCUGGGGAAAGAGUUCACUGAGGGCAACCUCUAUUUUGCUGAAUUCAGAAAGGUGCCUCUUCUUUUAAUGGCUUACUUUCACUUUAUUAUGCCUAUUAUUUCACAGAAUUUGUAAGAGACAUAUGCAGUUCACUGCCACAAGAUGUGUUAAUGACUUUAAACAGAAAAGAUGGGGUAAACCAGUGUGUUGGACCCCAACUCUCAUAAUCCCUGAUAACUGCCUGGGGCUGAUGGUUCCAAGAAUACCCAGAAUGCACCAUGUUGGCUAUGCACAGACCCAUGACAGUUACAUGGAACUUCCAUGUAUAGUGGCAGUACAACUCUGCUUUUUGGCUGCUGGGGUCAAAAAGCAGAGAAAGCCUGCUCCUCCCUCUCCUGCCCUCCUAGGGAAUUUCCAGAGGCAGAGUGGUCCCUAUUGAAUAAGUAAUGCUAACCUCAAUAGACUUUGGUCUAAGGUUCCAUUUAAUCCAAUGGUGAGGAAUGUGUGGCCCUCUGGAUGUUGCUGAAUUCAUUCAUCCCUGACCAUCCCUGGGCUGAUGAACUUUGGGAUAUACCAGGUCUUUUCAAAAACACCUAAGCCAUCCACCAUAUCCACAGCUUGCAGCAGUGAGUUUCUCAUGUCAAAAGAUGUGCCGUGUGAAGAAAUCCUUCUAUUUGUCCGAUAUGCUUUUACCCAAAGCAGUCUCAUUUUACUGGACCAUCAUGAGUCACAGAGGUAGCUGCUAACAAGCAGUGGCCUGGAAGACAGCCCUCUCUGUGGAACCCCUAAGUCAGUGGUGUCCAAACUUUUUUAAAAGAGGGCCGUGAGGGGUGACCGAACGGCCAACCAAAGUUGUUAACCUUUUUUUAGGAUUGAAGUUGUGGAUUUUACCCCAGGAAAUAUACUGCCACAGGGGCCGGAUUAAACCAACCAGCGGGCCAGAUUAGGCCCCCAAAAUGGACAUUGGACAUGCCUGCUAUAUGUUUUUCUUCUUACAAAGAUGUACUCCUUGCUGCCUGCCUCUUGUCACGUUUCUCUGCCUGGCUGGGACAAAAAGAGCAACCCAGAGCCUUGGAACAAGCUGUGACCCAACGACCAGUACAAGGUAUGGUAGGAAAUACUUAACAAGGGUUAUGAUGGGUUAUGAUGAUGAAGCCAUCCGCACAACUCAUACGCUUAAAUCAUCCACGAAAUCUUAAAACUGAUUUCACAAUUCACUUAAAAUUCAGGCAUGUCCAAAGUCUGUUUUGGACCCGCUGGUCGGUUUAAUCCAGCCCCUGUGGCGGUUGGGUAAAAUCCAAAAAAACCUCAACAACCUCAAUCCUACAAAAAGCUAAACAAUUUUGGGGUAAAAUCUUUUUUAAAAAAAGAAAGCUCAACAACUUCAAUCCUAAAAAAGGUUAACAACUUUGGUCAGCUCUUUGAUCAGCCCACACGGCCCUUCACUUCAUCAAAUCUGGAACCUCUUUGAAAAAAGUUUGGACACCACUGAAGGGUUAAAGUCAAAGAGUUCAAGAGAAGCAGAGAAGGGGGUGCUGGAUACUGACCCCACCCAUGCCGCUUCCGUUGGGAAAGGGGUGUGGUUUAAGCAGCCCGGUCGCCCCGCCCCUGCCCAUUGUGCCCCGCCCCUUUCCCUGCAAGGGUCCAGGUGAGUGCAAAAAGCCUUGGGGUGCAGCAGGCAUUUUGGGGUGGGGGCUGGGGGAGGAUGCAAUACCAGUGGGAUGAUGGAGGGGGAGAUAGCAGGCAGGGAAGCUGCUGGGCAGAGAGACCCCACCCCAAAAUGAAGGGAGGUGGGUGUGCAGCUGAGCCCCCGCCCCAUUACAAGUAUUCCGAAUAGCAAUAUGGAUACUAGAGACACAUGAAGAAAUACAAACAUUUCCUAAAUUUCAGUUGAGUUUCCUGCAUUCCAAGGGGUUGGACAAUCUAUUUCUUAAUAGGUUUAAUUGGGUUUGGUGCUUUGCCUCUGCUUGUCAUUCUUUGAACAGCUUCCUGUGCAAAGAUAAGGCUUGCUUUCACUGCUCUGUUCAUUUGUGCAUUUGACUAGUGUUGUGUGAAGGAAAUGCAGCCCCUGGGCUGAAAAAUGUCCCCCUCCUGCCCCCUUGGGUCUCUUUGUGACAUCACAGGCAGACCAUACAUAGACAGGGCUGGGGAAACCAGGCCUCAAGUGGGGGCACUUGUUAAUAAAGACAUGAUGACUGAGGAGCCCCCCCCCUUGUGACACGUGUGGCAUGUGGACUCCACGGCACCCUCAGAAACCCUUCUUAGCACCCACCAAGGCCCCCUGACCCAUUUUUAAAAAGUUUCCCCAGAAUCUGUUAGUUUUUACAGUGCUGCAAGACCGUUUGUUUUGGCAGCUGAAGGAUUGGUAUUAUUUAUUUAUUUUGCCCUUUGUGAGAGAUAAAUAAACUGGUUCCUUUGACUUAAGGUCUCUGGAUCCUUUUAAAUAAAGUGAUCUGGACAAGAUGGGUGAAUUAGAAAACCUUUUUAUUAUACACACUUGCAAGUGGGGUAACCCAAGAUCAGGCACAUCUUCAUCAGGAAAAACACAGCUUAUAAAGUCCCUUGUCGCAUAACAUUAUGUUUGAGGACUGGGAAAGGCUGUGGAGUAAUGGAUUGAAAUUUACUGCAUGUAAUGCUUUGAAAGAAAAUGUAAUGAAAAUGAUUUAUAGAUGGUAUAUGACCCCAGUCAAACUCGCAAAAAUUUACCACCUGUCUGAUAACAAGUGCUGGAAAUGUAAAGAGUGUGAAGGAACGUUCUUUCACCUCUGGUGGACCUGCCCUAAAGUGAAGGCGUUCUGGGAAAUGAUUUAUAAUGAAUUGAAAAAGGUAUUUAAAUAUACUUUCACUAAGAAACCAGAGGCUUUCCUUUUGGGUAUUGUCAGCCAAGGGGUGGCAAAGAAGGACCAGCCAUUUUUAUGUAUGCAACAACAGCAGCAAGGAUACUACUCGCAAAACAUUGGAAAACUCAAGAUCUACCCACACUGGAAGAAUGGCAGAUGCAACUGAUAGACUAUAUGCAACUGGCUGAAAUGACUGGCAGAAUCCGUGACCUGGGAGAAGAGAGAAUCGAGGAGGAUUGGAAGAAAUUUAAGAACUAUCUACAAAAGCAUUGUGAUUUGACUGAAUGCUGAAUAAGAUGCUAGACUAAAUAACUGAGCACCACUUAACUUAGAAGUUUUUAAGAAAAUAAGAAAAACUGUGAAAGUUUAACUCUUUAUGAGAACUUUAAGAUUAUGAAAUAUCGAAGAGAUAUAAGAAUUUAAAUAAGAUGAUAAAUUGCUGACAAAAUGUUAUAAUGAUGAAGGUGGGAGGGGGAGAUGUGAGGAAGUCCAAAGAAAAUGUGAAAUUAUGUUAAGACGAAUGUUAUAUUGUUUAUUACAUUUAUUCUUAUUGUAAAAUCCAAUAAAUUGCUAUAUUUAAAAAAAAAAUAAAGUCCCUUGUCCGCCUGCAAGUUCCUCCUUCCACGCCCACCAGAAGGGAGUUUCAGUUGACAGAAGUAUCGCGUCCGCCUCAUUAACAUUUUACCAUCCCACUUCCCAUAUUAAUCAUUAUACAAUACAGUACAAUACAAUACAAAUACCUUUAUUGGCAUUUCAAAUUAAGACAUUUCAAAAUGGCAUGAGAAACAAAGUCUUUCUUCUUGUUGUUUCCGAGAGAUUUGAAUGGGGAAAUAUUUUUGAUUCCUCAAUAAUAAGGGGCAGUGGGGUGAGGGAGGCCAGGGCCACAUCCACACCUUUUAAUGCGCUAUGAAGCCGCUUUAAACACUCAUGGCAGUGGAAUGGACUGUUUUAUUUGCGAUUCCUGCGUUGCAGGGGCUGGAGUAGAUGACUCUCAGAGUCCCAACUCUUCAGUUCUAUGAUUCUAAAUAAUAAUAACAUGUGGUCUUAUUCCUUUUCAAGGACAGCAACCCAGUGCCAAAAUACAUCGAAGUUGAACAUGUUCCCUUCCAUGGCUUAUUCCACCGGGGAGGACAAAUUCACGGGGCGCUGCCUAUCGCCUCUGGGGAGCGCUGGAACCUGAUUAUCUGGAUGCGAUCGUCCACUGUCCGGAAUCAUCUUUGCCCCAUGUGCAACAGAGCGCCUGAAUUGGUGCAGGCAGAGGGAUUUGGAGAUGGGUUCACCAGGAAUUCUGAAAAUGUACAGAUUGAGACUCUGGAUGUGUGCUCCUUAACCUAGGGAGGUGAUGUGCGGCAAAUCCUGUGCCUUGAUUUCACUGAAGACGUUGCUAGAGGGGCUGAUGACAAUACUGGCAGUAGCCCCCAAGCUGUUUUCUGUAGGCCAAGCUGAGAGAAUGUGUCAUACAUUAAAGUCACACAUUAAAGGCAUUGAACACACUCUGAAAAGCUAACUGAAAAGGUUAUGCAGAUGCAGAUGCCACAACAGCUAAUCAAAACACUAUGGUUGUGAUCACAGAUUGUAAAAAUCAGCAUUUAUCCCUAAAAGACAGGUGUCUGUUUUGCAGUAUAGAUGGCACACAGUAGGUAUUUGUCAACAGGAGCAGGAGAGCAAAUCUGAGGGCCUGGCUACCAUAUCGUCAAGCGUACAUAGAACUCCCGCCAGGCUCAGAAGGCUUGCGGAAAGCUGCCUGAAGCCUGGAGAGCGAGAGGGGUUGGCGCGCACCGACCCCUCUUGCUCUCCAGGCUUCAGCGAAAGCCUGCAUUCGCUCCAUAGGACGCACACAAAUUUCCCCUUCAUUUUUGGAGGGGAAAAAGUGCGUCCUAUAGAGCGAAAAAUACGGUACAUGAAAUAAAAAGUGGGACUGUGGCUAGUGCAAACAGACCUACAGACCACAGGUUGCUGACUAGGAAGAUGAUGCCAACUUACUUCGCUUGCCAAUUAUGCUGGAGCUAAAUUCCUGAUGUACAAUUCAUUUUGAAUUUGCCAUAUUUUGAACAAGAUGCAGGCAGCAACGAGCGCUGGAAGUGCAAAAUGGGAAACAGAAGCCUAUCAUGUGCAUGGUGAGAAAGGGAGUUAAGGAUCUCUUUGCUGGGUUCCAGGGAAAGGUGGUUGCAGGGGGUGCAUUGUAGCCAACAGUGUGCUACAUGAGGAUUGGAGCCUAUGCUGAUGGCUAGAUGUCUUCUGUGACUUACAGUUGACAGUCACCACGUGAAAGGGUCAGUAAUAAUCUCUUACUCUCCCCUCCACCUCCUAUCAAGCUGAUAGCUCUUACAAUUGCAAUUAUCUCUAACCUUAAAAAACAUCAUUUUAUUUUUAAUUCAUUUCCAACUGUCUACCUUGAUUUCCCAGCAAACUAAUUUCAUACAAUUUCCAAUUCAGAGGCCAGCUCACAGCUGUCUUUGCUUGGUGCAAGCCUCUAGAGGCAAUCAAAUGUCCACUUUGAAAAUUAAUCUGCAGUUAUUAAUGCAAAAUUAACCUGAUGAAAGGAGGCAAAAAAAUCUCCAACACCAUUCAUUUCCCUGUGAGUGGGAUGAGAGAAUGGUUGUGUGUUUUGAAAUGUCGGUGUUCUGAGUCAAUUAUAUUUUUGUCCAGCUCUAUUCUGUCAAAAUCACAUCUGGCCAUUACAGUGGUGUAAAAUAAAGGGUGUAGGAAAUGAAAUAA